AUGGAUGGCAAGAAAGAAGCAGCUUCGAGCGCCUCUCUGCCUUCUGAGGCUCCGCCUCCACAGCAGCAGCAGCAGCAAGAGCGAAACCCGAGGAAGCAACGACAGCUGUUGCAGCAGCAGCAGCAACAGCAGCAGCAGCAACAGCAGCAGCAGCAGCAACAACAGCAGGCUCAAGAAGAGCUACAACAGCAACAACUGCAGCAGCAGCACCUGCCACCGCACCAGCCUCAUCAACAACAGCAUCACCACCAGUCGCAUCAACAGCUGCAGCACCAACAGCAGCAACAGCAACAGCAGCAGCAGCAGCAGCAGCAGCAGCAGCAGCAGCAGCAGCAGCAGUUGGUUGCGUUUCAACCUUUUUCUUUUCUCAUUGAGGUUUCUUUCUGGCGUCUUCUCUCUGAGCGAAAACUAAAAGAUUGGCGGCUUAACACUCCCUGGGUCCCCCUGAUAGCCACAUACAGCUGCACAGCAGCAAAACCCCUGCAGCAGCAGCAGCAGCAGCAGCAGCAGCAGCAGCAGCGGCAAGGGGGACAACAACAUGCUGCUGCUGGCCCAUGUAGAGUUCGUAUAGAUGCAGACUCUCUUGACAUAGUGCAGCAGCUGCUGCAGGAGGCGCAGCAGCAGCGCGCGGGUCAGGAUAUAUCUGAGCAUCAGCAUCAGCAGCAGCAGCAGCAGCAGCAGCAGCAGCAGCAGCAGGAGCAGCCAUGUAGCCAGCAGCAUGAACACGAAGAAGAGCAGCAGCUGCAGCUGCAUCUGCUGCAGGAGUGGCUGGAUGGUGACGAGGGUUCUUCGCCGCUGCAUUCACCUGAAGCUGCUGAGGCAGAAGCAGCAGCAGCAGCAGCAGCAGGAGCAGCAGCAGGAGCUCCUCCUCCUCCAGCAGCAGCAGCAGCAGGCUGCUACCGCCGCACAGGGCUGAUGUCUCUCCCCCCCUUUGCCUCGAAAUGCCUAAAGAGCGGCACCAGGCCCCUCGUGGGGCUGCUGCGCGUUUAUAAUAGUAUAGAGGAUCUUGCUGCUGCUGCCAGCAGCAGAGAAGCAGCACAAAGGUGUCUGCUGCGUAUAGAAGAAACCAUCUGCUCCUGCAGCAGCUGCUGCAGCACACACAGCAGCACACACAACCAACAGCAGCAGCAGCAGCAGCAGCAGCAUCAGCGCCAUAUGCACAUGCAGCAGCAGCAGCAGCACCAGCAGCAGCAGAUGAUGAUGCAGCAGCAGGAACUGCAGCAGCCGCUGCUGCAGGUCAUGCAUCUACCUGUCAAAGACCCCGAUCUAUGGAGGCUGCGGCUUCGCUGCAGAGACCCGCAGCAGCAGCAGCAGCAGCAGCAGCAGGAACAGCAGCAGCAGCAGCAAGAGCAGCAAGAGAAGGGAAGCAGCAGCACAGCUUCCCUAUCCCCAGUAUACUCUGACGCUAUCGCGUCACCUCUCGACUCUGCAGCAGCAGCAGCAGAACCACCACCAGCAGCAGCAGCAGAAGCAGCAGCAGCAGCAGCAGCAGCAGCAGCAGAAGCAGCAGAAAUAGGAUCCGAGCCAUCUGCAGCAGCAUACCUAUCUCCUUUAUCAUCUCCAGCAGCAGCAUCAGCCUCCUCAUCUCCCCCCCGCUCCCCGCCCCCCGCACCACCACCACCACCAUCACCACCACCAUCACCACCACCAUCACCACCACCAUCAGCAGCAGCAGCAGCAGCAGCAGCAGCAGAAGAAGCAGCAGAAGUGUGUGCGUGCCGCGCGGUGUAUGGACAGCUGCCAGCAACAGCCUGGCCGUGUCGCUUCGUCUUAGAAUCUUUCAUCGACCUGAAAGCUCAGAAAGCUGUUUACAGUGUAUGUACACCUGCGCUGCGGCCUGCUGCUGAUAUACAGCAGCAGCAGCAACCUGCUGCUGCUGCUGCACCCGCCACACUCAAACAAGUCGUAUAUGAACUCGAACAUUCACACACACGCCAGCAUCAUCAUCAUCAACAGCAGCAGCAGCAGCAGCAGCAGCAACACCAGCAGCAGCAGCAGCAGCAGCAGCAGCAGCAGAUGCAGCAGCAGCAGCAGCAGCAGCAGCAGCAGCAGCAGAUGCAGCAGCAGCAGCAGCAGCAGCAGCAGCAGCAAAAAGAAGAGUUUACUGCUGCUCAGCUCUCUGUCAUCUCCAGCAAGAUCCGUACCCUAGACAACAACACCUCCCCCUUCCUGGCGGGUGGUUGCUUUCUAUUGCUUAAAAACAGCAGCAGCAGCAGCUUCAGCAGCUGCAGCAGCUGCAGCAGCAGCAGCAGCAGCAGCGGAGAUGACAGUCCGGGGAGCAGCAGCAACUGCUGCGAUGCAGCAGAUUCGCUGCAGCUGCUGCCGCUAGAGGCACUGGAGAAACUCAAACACCUUCUGCCCUCUGCAGAUGAGCAGCAGCAGCAGCAGCAGCAGCAGCAACAGCAGCAGCAGCAGCAGCAGCAGCAACACCAUCAUAAUCAGCAGCAUGACCAGCAGCAGCAGGAGCAGCAGCAGCAUCAGCAGCAGGAUCAUCAUCAUCAUCAUCAUCACCAGCAGCAGGAGCACGAGCAGCAGCAGCAAGAUCAGCUGCAGCAGCAGCAGCAGCAGCAGCAGCAGCAGCAGCAGCAGCAAUUAUAUUUGUGCGUGAUGGACCCCUCGUCAAACCCUAAUGCUCUGGGGUGGCCGCUGCGGUGUCUGCUGCCGGCACUGAGCGAGGGUUUUGGGGUUUACAACAAAACCCUGAGGGUUUUGUCUUUUCGGGAUUGGUUGAUGGAUCUGAGAGUAGAAAGUGCUGCUGCUGCUGCUGUUGCUGCUGCUGCUGCUGCUGAAGAUGCUGCUUCUCAUGCUGCUGAAACUGCUGCUGCUGCUGCUGCUGCUGCUCAAGCGGAAGAAGCAGCAGCAGCAGCAGCAGGAGAUACUCAUGAGGCAGCAGCAAACGCAGCAGCAGCAUCGCAACAGAACGAAGGUGGAUCUGCUGCAGUAAGCCCUGCAGCAACAGCAGCAGCUCGCAACAGAACGAAGGUGGAUCUGCUGCAGCUGCCGACAGCUGAUGAGCUUGUGGGGGCCUUCUCCCCUGCACCAGCAGCAGCAGCAGCAGCAGCAACAGCAGCAACAGCAGCAGCAGCACCUGCAGAAGCAGCAGCAGCAGAUGCAACAGCAGCAGAUACAGCAGGAGAAUCAGCAGAGUCAGGAAAAGGCGCAGCACGAAACGCAGCACCAAUAGGAGCAGCAGCAACAGCAGCAACAGCAGCAGCAACACCAGCAGCAGCAGCAGCAGCAGCAGGAGGCCGGCGAGCUACUAUGGUUGUAGGGCGGCUGAAGCGCAUGGUAGCACCGGGGGGCCCCCGGGGGCCCCCAAAGGCGCAGCAGUUUUUUUGUGUUGAAUUGGGGCGGUUCCUAGACCCCAGAGUAAUGCAAAAAGAAGCAGAUAACCUCAAUAUACAGCUCAUCAGGUGGAGAGUGUUGCCGUCGUUCGUGCCGGAGGCGCUGCAGUCGCUGAGGGUUUUGGCGAUAGGGGCGGGGACCCUGGGCUGCGGCGUGGCGCGGCUCUUGGCCUCCUGGGGCGUCAAGGCGAUAACAUUUGUUGAUGGGGGUCGGGUUGCCCUCAACAACCCCUCAAGGCAGAGCCUCUUUACACACCAAGACGCUGCUGCUGACGGGGGUUUGGGGCGGCUGAAGGCUGAGGCCGCCAGAGACGGCAUCCUCGCCGUCCGCCCCAGCAUGGAGUGCAACGCGGUGGUCCUCGACGUACCCAUGCCGGGUUAG